AACGUCUUGUAUUGCAGAGAGCUGAGAGUGAAAAAAAUAUAAACAAAUAGAUUGAAAUAUGCAUUGCGUAAAACAAUGUGAGUGCGAGUGGUGAAUCAUCGUUACUAUUGCUAAUUAACACAUGCGUACGCCUCAUAUUCAAUAACAAACAGCAACAGCUGAGUCUCGAAAAUGUCGACGGAUGCGGACUCUUCAAUAUCCGCAUCGGAAUGCGCACAAUUGCUGGAAUUCAAGAACUUUCUAGCGUCGUUUGCCGCCGCUGCCAGUGAACUGACCUCUGGCAAUGAAUUAACGCGCAAUGGGAGUGGGAAUUGUGUAACGCGCAGCAGCAACGACACUUAUAAAGUCACGGCCGAUGAGCAACGUGCGGAAAUCGUGUCAACGAUUUGGAAACAACUUUCUGUCAAAGGUUGUCCAAAUGCAUUUCAAAUGAAAUUGCUGCACAUGGCCGCAGAUAAAAUGGAACAGGAUUUGCGUCAUGCCAAGGAAUGUGAGGUCAAUGUGGACCUUGACGAGACACAGUACGAUCUAUUGAAAUUACAGAAAUUCGUUAGCAGUCAGCUGGAUAAAUUCCUGCUCAAAUUGACGGACAAUGCGGCGAUGGAAAAGUUGCAGCUAUAUGCUGAUGACGAGGCGUUGUGCAGGGAUCCCGCCGAGUGUCAGUGUGCAUUAAAGCCUUGGUCUCCAGGACACAGUGCGGCGGCCAUUAAGAAUAAGCCGCGUAAAAUGGAAGAUCGCCAUGUGUGUCUCGAGCGUUAUGGUGAAAUGUAUCAGCUUGAGAAGCACAGUGACUGUCGUUUCUUUGGCGUAUUCGAUGGCCAUUCGGGUGCUCUGUCCGCCUGCUAUGUGACCAGUCAAAUACCACAGUUGCUGGCACACCAGCUGCAACGUCCUGUUCCUGCAACAGGUUCAGGUGAACAUAAUGUCGACUUUUAUCGCAAUGCCUUCGAGACGGCAUUUCUGCAGGCCGAUGAACGUUUUGCCCAGAAACGCAUCACGAGCGGCACAACUGCCGUUUGUGCUCUGAUAACUGGGGAGCAGCAACUCUAUAUUGCCUGGGUGGGCGACUCCAAGGCGUUACUCGUAGGCAAACGCACCCAACUGCAGCUAGUGAAGCCCCACAAGCCGGAAUCCCCGGACGAGCGACGUCGCAUCGAAGUGAGCGGUGGUGCUGUGAUUCAUGCCCAGGGCCAAUGGCGGGUUAAUGGCAUACUCAAUGUGGGACGUUCCAUUGGCGAUUACAGUCUCGAGGCGGUCAUUGCCGAACCGGAUUUUGUUGAUGUGCAGCUGAGUGAGGCCCAUGAUUUCUUAAUCCUGGGCACCGACGGCCUCUGGGAUCAUGUGCCCGAGUCCAUUAUUGUGGACACUAUCUAUGAAUGCCUGGCCGAGGCGACAACCCAACUCGAUGACAUUCCCAAACUGCUUGUAGAUGCUGCCAAAGAUCACGACUCACAGGAUAAUAUAACCGUUGUCCUGGUGCUGCUAAAGCCACGCGAUCAAAUUGGUCUCGGCUAGAGUUCCAUGUGAAUUCUAUAUUUACAGCGAAUGUAUCAUUAAUUGUUAUACGCAUUGUUGUUUGUAAUACCCGUUACACAGAGAAUAUUAGGGUAUAUUGUAUUCGUUGGAAUGCAUGUAACAGAGAGGAGCA